GACAACUUAUACUUAUAACAGCGAGCACGAAGAAAGUGGGGAAGCUACAUGUGCAAGUCCCCCAUGUGGGUUUAAAAUAUUGAACUAAACGAGUCGAAUAGAGAAUAAAAUAUAUAUUUAGUGAAGAACAGAAGUGAACUGUGCGCUGCGGUUCAUCAUGUCGUCUUUCUUCAUUAAGAAGAAAUCAGCCUCGGCGGCUCCGGGUAAAGGAGACAGGACUGCCGGUCAGAAGCGAAAGGGUGAUAACAUCGGUGGAAAAGGACGUUCAAAAAGCUUCAACAAACGACUGAAUGAGGAAAUAUCCAGCGAGUCAGAAAACGAAGGCGAUGAUGGACCGAACAGGAAACGGAAAGGAAACGAGGAGGUGGAUGAGGAGAUCGAGGAGACGCCUCAGGAGAAGAAGCUGCGACUGGCCAAACUUUACCUGGAGCAGCUGCGAGAGGAGGAGGAGAAAAAGGCAGAGGCUGAGGAGUUCGAGUCAGACCUGAUUGCUGGACGAUUACAGGAGGAUGUGCUGGAGCAGAAAGGCAAGCUGCAGAGGCUGAUAGCUAAAGAGCUUGUAGCCCCGGAUCCUGCAGAAAUCAGGCUGUUGAGAGGACACAAACUGUCCGUCACGUGCCUGGUCAUCACCCCAGAUGAGAAAUACAUCUUCUCCGCGUCUAAAGACUGCUCCAUCAUCAAAUGGGAGGUGGAGAGUGGGAAGAAGGUGCAGAAGAUUGCAGGUGGAAGGAAGGGAACGGAGGAUCGGCACGUCGGCCACACAGCACACAUCCUCUGCAUGGCCAUCUCUUCAGACGGAAAAUACCUGGCGACGGGAGAUAUGAACAAGCUGAUCAUGAUUUGGGAAGCAGCUACAUGUAAAUUUCUCUACAAGUUCACAGGACACAGAGAUGCUGUAUCGGGUUUGGCCUUCAGGAGAGGAACACAUGACCUGUACAGUGCCUCCCAUGACCGCUCGGUCAAAGUGUGGAAUGUGGAUGAGAACGCUUAUGUAGAAACUCUGUUUGGCCAUCAGGAUGUGAUCACAGGUCUGGACUGCCUGGGCCGUGAGCGGUGUGUGACGGCCGGGGGGCGGGACAGAACGAUCAGAGUGUGGAAAAUCGCAGAGGAGUCCCAGCUCGUCUUUCACGGUCAUGAGGGCUCCAUCGAUUGUAUUCAGCUCAUAAACGAAGAACACAUGGUUUCAGGUGGUGACGACGGCUGUGUGUGCAUCUGGUCUGUGAACAAGAAGAGGCCGGUGAGCAAGGUGAAGCAGGCCCAUGGUCUCCAUGGCAGCGCCGGGCUGGAAGAGCCCAACUGGGUGUCAUCAGUGGCAGCACUGCACAACUCCGACACCGUGGCCUCAGGUGCCUCAGGCUCUCAUAAUUCCGCUGUGCAGCUGUGGAAGUGUGGACAGGGCUUCCGAGGCUUGGAACCCCUUUUUAGCAUCCCAGUGACUGGUUUUGUGAAUAGUUUGAAAUUCUCCAAUUCUGGAAAGUUCUUGGUGGCUGGCGUCGGACAGGAGCACAGACUGGGCCGGUGGUGGAGAACAAAGGAAGCGAAGAAUGGACUCUACAUCAUUCCUCUCAAAAGACAGAACACAGAGCAAGAGGUUGAGCAAUAGCACAAACAGAGGACUGUUUUGAUUUGAUUUUGUCACCUUUUUGUCUCAUUAAUUCAGGAUGUUGAUAUGUGCAAAUACAUGUCAUUAUCAGAAAUGUAAGAUUAAAUUUAAGUUUCCGUUUAAGUCAA